UCCGGCUUUAUACACGUGUGCUAAUAAAGUCUGAUUUUCCUGAAGAUCUUGCUGCCUGGUGUCGUCUUUUCCCUCGCGAAGAUGUUUUUCGACAAAUUGAAGAUUUGGACUCUGUCGUUUCCUAGACACGACAUUUACAUUAACACACAAGAGAAGUGACAGAACCUGAAGAACAGGGCUGGUGUAAAACUGCUGGCUGAUCAGCCACUCAAACCUCAGUCGCACAAUGCUGCCCCCUGCAGGAAGUGUCUCCCAGAAUCAGGCAUUCAAACAGGAAGAGGGAAGAACAAAGUCUCAUACACUGGAAAUAUAAUUACACUGGGGGUGUUAUGAUAUGAUUUGACUGUGAAUAUGUUUCAGAAACAAAAGCUUUUCUAAAGAUAUUGACUGAGAAGAGCAGAGACUUCAGACUAAUUUAAAGACAGUCCACUUUAAUUUUAUGUUUGUGUAACAGCAGUAAGUAAAAGUGAAACCAAAUUGCAGAUUUAGCAGAGACUGAACAGACGGAGACAGAAUGGCGUCUGGAUCUUCUCUCCUGGAAGAGGAGCUCUCCUGUCCUGUGUGCUCUGAAAUCUUCAGGGAUCCUGUUGUCCUGAGAUGCAGUCACAGCUUCUGUAAGGCCUGUCUGCAGCAGUACUGGGGUCAGAAGGGAUCUCUGGAGUGCCCAGUUUGCAGAAGAAGAUCUUCUCUGGAUUGUCCUCGGAUUUGCCUGUCUCUUAAGAAUGCCUGUGAGGCGUUCUUUCAGGAGAGAAGUCAGAGAGCUGAAGCAGGAUCUGAAGUGAUCUGCAGUCUGCACAGUGAGAAACUCAAACUCUUCUGUUUGGAUGAUCAAAUACCCGUCUGUGUUAUCUGUCAAACUUCAAGAAAACAUGAAAACCACAAAAUGCGACCAGUUCAGGAGGCUGCAGACGAGAAUAAGGAGAAACUCAGGACUGCACUGGCUCCACUGCAGGAGAAGCUAAAAGCCUUCAAUGCAGUGAAACAAAUCUGUGAUCAAACAGCAGAGCACAUCAAGAGCCAGGCCCAGCACACAGAGAGACAGAUAAAGAUGGAGUUUGAGAAACUUCAACAGUUCCUAAAAGAUGAAGAGGCAGCCAGGAUCACUGCACUGAGGGAGGAAGAGGAGCAGAAGAGUCAGAAGAUGAAGGAGAAGAUUGAGAAGAUGACAGAAGAGAUAUCAUCCCUUUCAGAACAGAUCAGAGCCAUAGAACAGGAGCUGGGAGCUGAAGAUGUCUCAUUCCUGCAGAACUACAAGGAUUCACAGAACAGAGCCCAGUGCACACUGGGGGAUCCAGAGAAGGUCUCAGGACCGCUGAUUGAUGUGGCCAAGCACCUGAGCAAUCUGAAGUACAGAGUGUGGGAGAAGAUGCUGGGGACUGUUCAAUACACUCCUGUGACUCUGGACCCAAACACAGCACAUCCCAAACUCUCACUGUCUGAGGAUCUGACCAGUGUGAGACGCAGUGAUGAGAAACAGCAGGUUCCUGAUAAUCCAGAGAGAUUUGAUCAGUGGGAUUGUGUGCUGGGCUCUGAGGGAUUCAGCUCAGGGAGACACAGCUGGGAUGUAGAAGUGGGGGGUGUGUACUGGCAGGUGGGUGUGGUUAAAGAGUCCAUCAGCAGGAAAGGGCAUUUGAAUCUGAGCCCAACAGAAGUGUGGGGUAUAUAUAGGUAUAGCAGUGGGAAUUACGUAGCCCUGACCUCCCCACCUACAGCCCUCACUGUGCAGAGGGAACUCCAGAGGGUCAGAGUGCAGCUGGACUGGGACAGGGGGGAGGUGUCAUUCUCUGACCCCAGUGACAACACUCCUCUCUACACUUUUAAACACUCCUUCACUGAGAGACUGUUUCCAUUCAUUAAUUGUUUUUCUCUCCAGACUCAAAUACAUAUCUGUCCAAUGAAGGUGUCUGUAACAGUGGAGUAACUCUGUGGAAAGUGGGUAAAGAUCUAGCCUGAAAGAUGCUGUAUCAUCCAUCCAUCCAUUGUCUUAACCCGCUUAUCUUGAACAGGGUUGCAGGGGGGCUGGAGCCUAUCCCAGCAUACAUUGGGCGAAAGGCAGGAAUACACCCUGGACAGGUCGCCAUUCCAUCGCAGGGCACACACACCAUUCACUUGCACACUCAUACCUACAGGCAAUUUAGACUGUCCAAUCAGCCUAACCUCACACACUCACACACCAAUGGUGAUUGGCUGCAAGGGAAUUGCACCAGCCAGCUCGUCAGGAGCAUUUGGGGGUUUGGUCGGGAUUGAGCCGGCAACCCUCCGACUGCCAGCUGUCUGCUCUUACCGCCUGAGCCAAUGUCUCGUUAUUCUCAGAUAUUAAUUCGGUGAAGAAAUGUCUAUUCUUGUCAGUGCACUAUUUGCUUGCAUUGGUUGGCUUUCGGUUGGUUGGUUGAAAAUGGAAAAAUGUGGACCUUAUCUUACUAGUUUUAAAACCAAUCUCAAUACUACAUUGCAGGUUGACUACAACGGGCCCGCUGGCCAACUAGUCAUUCUCAUAUACCUACAUUGCGCCAUUUCUGUGUUAU